AGUUGGCGGGAGCACAGCGGCCAGCGGCGGGGCCCCUGGGGCGGGCGGGCUGGGGGUGACCCCGGUGUUCUUGUUCUCCGGCAGCAGACCUCUCCAGGGAGUGCAGUGCUGUGCCGCUCAGGUUAAAAACCAAGAAAUAUAAACCAGAUGCAGCAGUUUUUCGACAUGGAGAACCAAGCCCAUAAUACAGUGGGAACUUCUCCUUGUGAGGCCGAGCUUCAGGAAUUGAUGGAACAGAUUGACAUCAUGGUAAACAACAAAAAACUGGACUGGGAAAGGAAGAUGCGGGCUUUGGAAACAAGAUUAGAUCUUCGGGAUCAGGAGUUGGCAAAUGCACAAACUUGUCUGGAUCAGAAGGGUCAAGAGGUGGGAUUACUUAGACAGAAGUUGGACAGUCUGGAAAAAUGUAACUUAGCAAUGACUCAGAACUAUGAAGGACAACUACAAACCCUAAAAACUCAAUUUUCCAAACUAACUAAUAGCUUUGAGAAACUGAGAUUACACCAGAUGAAACAAAAUAAAUUUCGGCGAAAAGAGUUACCACACCUAAAAGAAGAAAUACCCUUUGAACCGAGCAAUCUGAACCAGAAACUAGAGGAAUUUAGAGCAAAGUCCAGAGAAUGGGACAAGCAAGAGAUACUAUAUCAGACUCAUCUGGUUUCUUUAGAUGCUCAACAAAAAGUAUUGUCUGAGAAGUGUAAUCAAUUUCAGAAACAGGCACAGAGUUACCAAACUCAGCUAAUUGGUAGAAAACAGUGCAUGGAAGAAGACAGCAGCUCUGCCAUUCCUCAGCUGAUAUGUGAAUUAGAUCCUAGCUGUGAAACCAGUGAGAGAGAUGAGUUCAUUAUUGAAAAGCUAAAAUCAGCUGUGAGUGAAAUGGCAUUAAGCCGGAAUAAAUUACAAGAUGAAAAUCAGAAGCUCUUACAGGAACUGAAAAUGUACCAAAGACAGUGCCAGGCCAUGGAAGCAGGACUCUCAGAGGUGAAAAGUGAGUUACAGUCACGUGAUGAUCUCUUGAGAAUUAUAGAAAUGGAACGAUUGCAGUUGCACAGAGAAUUAUUAAAAAUAGGAGAAUACCAAAAUGCUCAAGAAAAUAAAAAAAGAUUUGAAUCAUCUUAUUCGCCUUGUGUUAAAGAACCAGAAAGGAAAAAGCAAGAGCUGUUUUCAGUGACUCCAGAUCAACCAAAUCAUGAAAAAGAAUUGAAUAAGAUAAGAAGCCACCUCUGUGAGGAGGAAGAGGACCACAGCUCUGCACAGGAAAGAAUGAGGAAUGAAAUCUCUGACCUCACAGAGGAGCUUCAUCAGAAGGAGAUCACUAUAGCAACAAUCAUGAGGAGAGCUGCCCUUUUGGAGAGACAGUUAAAAAUGGAGUUAGAAAUAAAAGAAAAAAUGUUAGCAAAACAUCAGGUCUCAGAUAUAAGAUAUAAAGCUGUCAGAGCUGAAAAUGCACACCUAAAAGGAAUGAUGGGAGAUUUAGACCCUGGACGGUACAUGAUAAGUGAAGUCACUGAUAUUAAGAGUAUGGACUGCACUAACAGGGAACACUCAAGGCACACAUCUGUUAACAAAUUGGAAUAUGAAAAUGAAAGGCUUCGAAAUGAUCUUGCAAAACUUCAUGCCAAUGGGAAAUCAGCAUGGGAUAAUCACAAGACCUAUGAGGAACCGGGACGGUAUGCCUAUCAAAACAAAAUAAAAAUGGAAAAAAAUGAACAUAGACUCAGACAAGACUGUGAGCCAAGUGGGAGCACAACAUCUCCAUUGCCACCUUUGUCACUUCAAAUGAAAGAAAUGACAAGCCCCCUGGUUAGUGAUGAAGAAGUAUUCCCACUGUCUCCCCCAGAUAUGUCCUUCCCAGCGUCCUUGGCUGCACAGCAUUUCCUUCUGGAGGAAGAGAGGCGCGCAAAAGAGCUUGAGAAACUUCUAAACACGCAUAUUGAUGAACUGCAAAGACAUACAGAAUUUACUCUUAAUAAAUACACCAAGCUAAAACAAAAUAGGCACAUAUGAGCAUUUAAACUUUUUUUAUUUGUUUCCCCCAUCCCAAGAAAAAAAAAAGCUCUGGCAAAAUAUUUACAAAGCUGAUUAAUGACACUGAGAAAUUUGUUCUGUUUUCUUGAGUAAAUAAUUUCUGUAAGGCAGCUAGAAAAUAGUAAGUAUUUUAUUUGAAAAAGCUGUUUAUAUAUCUGCAUUGACAUAAUAAAUUGUUUGGCUAUAGAGUUACUAUAAAAUAAACAUCACUACUCCAAAAGAGCUUUUUUUCAGUCUGUGAAUAUUGUGGAAUUAAAUAUGCAGGGGUUUUUUUUUUUCACUUGAAUCAUGUAUACUGAAACCCAUGUCCUCUAUCACAACACAAAAUGAGGGAAGGGAAGCACUGUACUCCAAAUAUUAAUGAAUCAAGUGCAGUUCAGUUGUACUAUUUGAAAACUCAAGGAUUUUUAAAAAUGAAAAAUAUUCAGUAUUUUGAGCUAUGUAAACAUUCUACAACCUCUUUUAGGAAAAAAAAAUCUAGCCUUACUGUUUCUGCAUUCAUCGUUGUAAUGUCUCUCUGUUUUAAUACAAUGAACUGUGCUGUUUAUACACUUAAAAUAUAUGUGCAAAAUAUGAAUGCUCUCCUGUUAAUACCAACUACUUCAUGCACAUGAACAAGAGAAGUAAAAUGUAAAGCAUCGCUGUUGCUACCUUCUCCUUUGUGAUACCUCUGUUUUUAAUCAAAGAAUGCAAAAUUCUAUGGACUUAAAACUUAAGUGCCAAAUCUGUAUGGAACAACAGUAGCAUGGGAGUAAAUAAUAAAAUCAAGUUACAAAUAUACACACAUGAUAGCCCAUUAUUCUUUCUCUUAAAAUGACGUUUCUAUAAAUAAAUUGUGAAAAAAUCCCUAUGUAGUUACUCAAGGUAAGUCCCACAGUCUUUAUCAUUUCUUUUUCUCUUGAAAGAAAUUCAACCUCAAAUUACUAAAGAGUAAGUCAAGGUGUCUUUAAAUAACAAGUGUCCUUGUCACGUGAAAAACGCAGAAACCGACUCCCUUUGGGAGACUUGACCAUGUAGAUUUGUGUAGCUCUUACUCUCUGUUGAAACGCCUUCACAUGGCAUUGUAAUUCAUUUCACUUCAGAACAA